UACAAUCUAUAUUUGUGUGUAAUAAAAAAUUAGUCUAAAACAAAGAAAAAUAAUGUUAAGUAGUACAAGGAGAUUGUUCGAGGCUUCAUUGAAUGGCGAUGUUGGAGAAUUACACCAACUGAUUAAAGAAAACCCUUUGAUUCUAGCCGAUUACUCACUUGUGUCCCCCCAUGAAAACCCACUUCACGUUGCCACAAAAGCUAUGAAACUUAGUUAUGUGAAAGAAAUUGUGAAGCUUAAGCCUGAAUUUGUUAAGGAGCUAAACAAAGAUGGGUUUAGGCCACUUGACAUAGCUUCGGCUUUGGGGCAUGUAGAGAUAGUAAAAGUGCUCAUAAAAGGUACAACAACAACUAGUAAUUUGUGUCGUUUGAAGGGGAGAGAUGGAAGAACGGCUAUUCACUAUGCUGCCAUGAGUGGGAAAAUUGAGGUGAUUGAUGUAUUGAUCUCUUCUUGUAAAGAAUGUGUUGAGGAUUUAACUUGUGUUGGAGAAACUUCACUUCAUUUGGCUGUCAAGUUUAAUAAAUUUCAGGCCUUUACAAACUUGGUUGAGUGGAUUCAAAGGAUUGGAGAAGAAGAAAUUGUUAAUUGGGGCGAUAAUGAUGGCAACACCGUUUUGCACCUCGCCGUAGCUACAAAACAACAUCAGGUAAUAUACAUAUUUUUGAUGAAGAGCGUAGAGCUAUUGCUCCGACGCAGUACCAAACUCGAAUUAAACGCAAGAAACUCAAGAGGCUUAACAGCAAUGGAUAUAAUAGACAUACAAACAUUGGAGAAUCCCAUUGAUGAAUAUCAUUUUCAACUCAAAGAAACUCUCCAAAACGCCACCGUAUUAACAUCAUCUCAUCAUAAUCACAACUCCACCGUUUCAAGUAAUAUUAACAACCAAUCACAAGAUCAUCAUCAAGAAGCUGAUAAUAAUAAUGAUCAUCAUAAUCAAAAAGACUGGAUCAAAUACUUUCGCUAUAACAAAACAAGAGAUUCACCAAGCAACACAAGAAACGCUCUCCUCGUCGUCGCAACCCUCAUCGCCACCGUCACUUUCCAAGCCGGAGUCAACCCACCAAUCCAUUUUUCAACCACAACAACAAAGUCAACGACUAUACAAAGAAAAGUCAACGCUAACAAUAAUGAUGAUCAUAAUAAUAAAUAUUCUAACUAUGACACACUCCUACGUAUCCCUGACGUCAUCUCUCCGUCACCAUUUGCACAACAGAUGCCUUACAUCCCAAGCGAGCCUUUGCCUUUCACGGUUGGGUUUGGAGUGGUUUUAGCCAACUUGGGAACCCUAGCAGCUUCCGAAAUGUUCUUAUUCGGAAACUCGCUAGGGCUCACUGCUUCGCUGAAUGUGAUAAUUUAUCUAACGGCGGGAUUUCCUUUCCAAAGAGAGCUUCACAUCUCAAUAUACUCGAUGUUGUUCGCUUAUGGUUGGUCGGUGCAGGGCUUGGAGAGUAGUGGUAAGGUUGGUUUGAGGAAUGUUAUUCUAGGGUUUGCUUUUCUUUUACCAUUUGUAUUGAGAUGGUUUCCAAGGUGGGGAAUUGGAAAGAGGAUUCGGUUGUGGUGGAUUAAUAAGAUGAUUAUGAUAAGGAACACUAGGGUUCAACAUUAUCCAACUUUGUGGUGAGGAGUUUGUGUAGCAUGUAAUAAUUUUAUUAUUAU